AUGGCCACUCUACGUGCGGUCACGCACCGCCUGACAACCACGCCGGUCGAUCAAUUGCCCUCGAUCGCCUCGUUCCUGGCGACGUCCCUCAGUGAUUGCGCCGAGCUGCUUGCCGCCCCGUCAGCCCAGAAAGGCAAAUCUGAGUCCGACAAUGCCGUGCAAGUCCACAAGCUUAAAACGCGCCUGGCUAGUCUGUUACAGGACCGCAGUGUUGAGGGCCGAUGGGCCGCCGUGGUGCUAGUGAAGGCGACGGUGGAGGCAGGUCAAUGGGAGAUUGUUCGAGGAUAUGAACCCAUUGUGCGCAGCUUGAUUGGUAUUCUGGCAAAGCCUGAUCCGAUAUCUACACGGAAGAUGUGUAUCAUCACUCUGACUCGGAUCUUCCACCUCACCUACCAGUAUCCGACUUUGGUUCGCGAAAUCACGACUCCGCAUCUGCCGGGAUUUAUCACUGCGGCCCUGAAUCUGGUUUCAGUCCCGGUAAAGCUUCCUUCAGGCUCGAGCAGGAAGCCGAAGCCGAACACGCCUUUUCUGGAAACAGUGCUGCACGCGUUGCUGGAGUUGAUUGCUAGACACCCUACGAUCUUCCGACCAUUUGGCUCUCAGCUCCGCGCUCUGCUUGCCGAGGUAAUCGGGUGUUCUUCGCCCGUGUAUUUCCCAGCCCCGGUGGUAGAUGCAGCGGAGCAACUGCUUGUCUCUCUUCAUAAAUGCGCGCCCAAGGAUAAGUCGGGCUCUGGCUGGAGCGAUGAUUGCAAGUCAACAAUACUUUCCAUUCACAGAGCAACGGACCGCGUUUUCCGGGCUGCCGUAGAGCAAUGGGAGUCGGUGGACCCUACAUUGACCCCAACUCGGCAAGACUAUAGCCAAGAAUUGCGCGAGCAGGGACCAGACAACUUGGGGCUUCCGGGCUGGAGAGGGAUUCAUUCCGGGGCAGACAGACUGGUUGCUCUUCUCCAGAUUCUCUCCGGUUUCGUUUCGAUGCCAUCGGCAUCGGCGGUGGCCCUUCCAUUGGGCUCGAUUCUCGAUGUGACCUCGCGACUCACUUCUGUGACUGUUCCGCCAGAAGGAACAGAUGUAUCCCAAAGCAGCGUUCAGUUCAAUUUGCAAAUUGGCCGGGAGGAGCGAGAAAUGCUUUGGACCGAGUUGCCUCGCAUCCAUAUCGCCUGUCUUAACCUGCUUGCCAAGCUCGCGAAUAUGUUGGAGACCAGCGGGACCUCUAUAAUACAGACGAUGUUGGAUCAAGCUGUUUGGGUCUUUCGGAACGAGAAAUUCAACCGAAACCUGCGCUCUGCUGUAUACGACUUGCUCCGCUCAUUGGUGUCGUUGAAUGGAGCUGCGAUGACGAAACAGAGUGUGGCUUCGAUAGCCAACACCAUUCGCUUUUGCUGCCAUGACCUUGCAUCUUCUGAAGAUUCCAGUCUGUCAGCCCGUUCACAGUCGGAUUUGAAGUCGAAGUCGAAAGCAGGUCAAGCAACAUCAAACGCGGACUCCUUCUUAAACCCGGAGCUUCAGAAGAACCGUUCACCCCAAAGCAUUUCACGCUUUCCGGAACUUCAACAGAACGCAUCGGCUCUACUACAUAUUACACUCGCAUCUAUCCCCAUGGAGCUUCUUGCACCGUCCGUUCGAGCUGAAAUCGAUCGCACUAUUAUCUUGACAGCCAAUAAGGACGCGAUGCUUGCCAGUGUUCUCAAUCCAGUUCCAGUGGUCAAAGGUCGUGCGGGCUCGAGUAUCAUGCCCUUCUUGGUUCGGAGCCACGCUGAUCAACUGGAAGUGGAGGCUCUGGUCCGGCCUAGAAUGCCCGUUCUAAUGACUGCCCCGGAAGUCGACGAUCAUGCUGAUAUUGAUGAGGCUGAUGAGGCUGAUGAACUGGCUGAAGAGGCAUACAACACCGCACCCAAAACCGCGGAGUUCCUGAAACAGCCGGCUUCUACGCUCACGCAAACACAAAACACCCAACCUUCUAUGACCCCAAACCCCGUUGCAUCCUUGCAUAAGCGUUCCUACGCCGAGGAGCCACCUCUUGCAUCUUCCGGUGUUUCCUUCACGGCACUAGAGAAAGACGUGCAGGCCAAAAAAGCGCGAUUCGAAGAUAGCCCGUCAAGCAAUCAGCACCAGCAAUCAUCAGGAUCGCAGCCGUCGGUUGCUGCCACCACUGUGCAUGUCAGUGCACCUCAGCCAACUUCGAACCCCCAGACCAAACCCCUGAGUGCGCCGGCACAAAACCCUAUCCCUGCUCAUGUGCCCUCUGUUUCAGCGGCACAUCGGGAGCAGAAGGCCCCCUCCCAACCCACAGCAGCGCCUGCGGCUGUUGAUGACAGUGAUGAUGAGCUACCCACUUUGAACAUGGAGCCUGACACCGACGAUGAGGAAGAUGACGACGAUGUCACCAUGGAAGGGUGA